ACGUCACACACAGCGGUCCAGCAGUAACCGUUCCGGAAAUUGUGGGAGAAAAAAAAACACACAGCGGAUGACGACGACUGUAUGCCGGACUCCACCUCGCAACAGAUGAAGAACGAUACACGGUCGUCCCAAGAAUCGAGAGGAAGCGAAAGUACUAAGUACCGUGUUAUGUUUGAGCGGCUCGUGGCGCCUCUCCUUCGCCGAGCAGCGUGAGUGGAGCCCCGGCCAGCCAGCCAGCCAGCCAGCCGACCAACCGUACGGCGAGCGAGCCGCCCGCUACCCUGUAGCUCCGCUAUGGCAGUUCUCCUGUGGAUGGCCCCGAUGGUGGUGCCGCUGGUGGUGGGGCUGCUGCUGUGGAGCAGCGGACACGCGUUGGUGUUUUAUUUCAAAAAGGGCUUCUACGUGGCCUGGAUGAUGGUGCUGGCGCUGUUGGCGUUGCCGCUGUGUGUGCUCAAAAGCGGCGGCAGAGACGUCGAGAACAUGAGGAUCGUCCGCGCCCUGGUUUGGCACGUCAAGUAUUUCCUGGGCCUGCGCUUCCAAGUCAGCGGCUGGGAGCACCUGCAGACCCCGGGCCCCUACGUCAUCAUCUCCAACCACCAGAGCUCCCUGGAUGUGUUGGGCCUGAUGGAGAUCCUGCCCGACCGCUGCACCAUGAUCGCCAAGAAGGAGUUGAUCUACGCCGGCACGGUGGGCGUCCUCUGCUGGUUGGGCGGCAUCGUCUUCAUCAACCGCAAGAAGACCAGCGACGCCAAGAGCGUCAUGGCCGCCGCCGCUAAAACCAUGUUGGACCAGCGGAUCCGCCUGUGGGUGUUUCCGGAGGGAACGAGGAACCAGAGAGGAGGCCUGUUGCCCUUCAAAAAAGGCGCAUUCCACUUGGCCGUGCAAGCCCAAGUGCCCAUCAUACCGGUGGUCUUCUCCUCCUACAGUAACUUCUACCUACGGAAAGAGAAGCAGUUCAAGUCGGGGACCAUCCGCUUAAAGAUACUCCCGAAGAUCGAGACCAAGGGCAUGACGUCCGAGGACGUGGCGUCCCUCGCCGACAAAUCCUUCGACGCCAUGCGCUCGGCCUUCCUGGACAUCUCUGGCUUGGCGUGCGGCAACGGGCCCGCCGGGCACUGAGCGCCCGCCCACCCGCCCGCCAUUUUGUCGAGCCCAGCUUCCCCGCCGCGUCCACCGCCACUUUUUAUCUCCCGUGACUCUCGGCCCAGGCGGCCCGACCCGGUCCCGGUCCCGGGCUGGCCCGCGCAGUCCCGACCCUGGCGCUUUCUGCGAGCGGAGUGACGGACGGCGGGCCCGGCAGUACGGACGGGCGUUGUUUUUCGUGCAUGCCCUUGCGCAUUAUUCACUUUGGAUGCAGUUUGGGGUUUUUUUUUUUGUUGUUGUUUUUUUUUUUCUAAUCAUGUCACGUUGCCUUUUUGUUUUGGAAUGUGAUUGAGGUCCAAUCGCCAGUGAGUUCAUCCGGUGCGCCAGAAGGCGGACGCAGAAAGCAUUUGCUUUACUGGCCUUUCAAACUGUUCAGGAUCUGAUCUAAUGGGGUGAAAAAAAUAAAAA